AUGCGGCCUUGGCUCAGCCCAGAGAGACGAUCCCUGCUAAUCUGCCCACCUCCCAGCGAAAAAACCCAACUCCCCAUCGAUCCGGCUCCAGACCACCCAGCACCUCAAAUAGUCGCGGUCUCCCUCCCUACUGCAGACAUGGCCCGCCAUCCGUCUCUUGACUCCGAGCGACCCAUCAUGUCAAACUCGAACCGCAACUCGAAGCGCUUCUCUACUAUCAGCGGCAGCCCUUCGCUCGCCAACUCCGAACGCACCGUCGGCAGUCUACCCAGCGGAGACCCCAGGGUCGCCGACAUCCAUCACCUCGGCGAUGGCCUGGAGCGCUUGGAGAACAAGCCCCUGCAGGCACAGCGCUUUGUGCCCACCGCAGAGAAGACCGACAACCUGAACAAACUGGCUCUCGGCGCCAAGGUGGAGCGUGCACUAGGACGAAGAAUGACCAGCCAGGACGCCGUCAUGCGCAAGCCAGUCCUGAGCGAGAAGGCCGCAGCUGCUGCGACCAGUUCGUAA